AUGGGGACCCUUCGAACCGCACACCGUAUUUGUACUCACCCCAUUCGAAGCCGUCCAUGUGCAGCGAAUCAACAGCCUCACAACGCCCUGCGACAGGCAAGAUGGAGCUCCUCGCUGCCGAUCUCCAAGCUGGUCUUCCCCGAAAAUGACGGCGCCGAACCGAGCGCAUUGCGACAUAUUCACCUCGCCGGCUCCGAUUCGAGUUCACUCCCGUCGUACGACUCGGCUUCGGAGUUCCAAGCCGUCCUCCGCCAGGCGUUCCUCGACUGGAAGUCCGCCCCAAAGCCCCGUGCCCCGUCACCACUGGUCGUAUCUUUUACCCCGACACCAACUUAUACUCUCGGCCGCCGCCAAAAGACUUUGCUACCGGAGCAGCUGACAAGGCUUCAGAAGCCUUUGGCAGUUAGAGAGGAGAUGGGGGGCGCUGUAGGGGAACAACAGAGUGGGAUAGGCUCACGAGAGCAGCAAUUCACACCCAGAGUCAUCGAGACCGACCGCGGCGGGUUAACAACAUACCACGGGCCGGGGCAAGUCGUGCUCUGGCCGAUACUGGACUUACACAGCACAUACUACCCCCACAUGACAGUCCGGUCCUACGCACGACUCCUGGAGGAGACAACACAAGCGAUCCUCUCCGACGGGCCGGGGAUUCAGACUUACCUCUCCCAGGAUGACCCGGGGGUAUGGGCCGAGGCCGCGGUGCAGCGGACAGGGGGCCAGGAGCGUAAGAUCGCCGCCAUGGGCGUACAUCUCCGCCGUCACAUCUCGGGGCUCGGCACGGCGCUGAACGUCGAUGUUGUUGUUGAUGGUGACGAAAAGACGAAUCCUUGGGCGAGGUUCGUGCCCUGCGGGCUCGAAGGGAAAACCGCCACAAGUGUCAGAGCCGAGCUGGGCGAGACGCUCUGGAGGCAAUUGAGUCUGGCAGGCGAUGGCAAGGCGAGGAGGGAAUGGUACGCCCGUCGGUGGGUUGAGGAGCUCGCAAAACGCCUAGGAAUUGGCAUUGCGCCGACGACAGUGCAUCAACGACUGGGAUGA